CGAAGAAUCCGCAUGACAUAAAUAUCGCAAAACAUCAUCGAAAAGUAUGUUCAGCAUCAACGAACAUCAGAAUCCAAACACAUAAGAUAUAUCAUCUCGACUUCAAACCAAAAAUUUUCCAUCACACCUAAACAUCACAAUGGUCUCCUCGCAAACCAUCGACGAGCGCAAAGCCAACCUGCCGCUCCCCGAGCAACCGCCCGUGGCUUCAGAUUUCAACUCAGCCGAUGAGCGCACCGUCAACGUCGGCUCUGGUGCUGUUGGACCUGACAUCUCGUCCGGUAACAGCAAGGGAGGGAGAGAAGGUCAUGAUGGCUUGAGUGGCAUUCCUAAUGAUGCGGUUACGCGCGAUCAGAAGCAUCACAAGGGGCUUGAGGAUACGACGGGUAAGGACUUUGGAUAUCCGGCCAAGAACGAUCCUAGCGCUGGGGUUAAGGAGUAGGGUAUUGAAGAGAUUCAAUGAGGGAAAUGCAGGGUUAUGCGCCGUUUGGGAUACGCUGAGUUUCCUCGAGAUGUAUGUGUGUCUUACUUAUGGGUAUUGGAACGGUUAUAUGUUGAUUGUAGGAAUUACCGGUCUUGGAUGGCUGUGUAUGAAUUGGACGACUGUAUGACAAUAUAUCAUAAAC